AUGGCGUUGGGCAUGCCGUGGCUUGCACGGCAUAAUCCUAUUAUCGACUGGGAGAAGCGUAGGGUCGUACGCUUCGGACGCCGCGGUGCAACAGAGAGCGAUGGCAGUGUUAGCACAGCGGAUACACCUAACGGUGCAUCCGAACCUCCUUCAGAGACAGUUGCGCGAGCAACUGUCUCCGGUCGUAGCGCGUGGAGCGCGUGGGCUGUUACGACUCCCGGAGUGUCUGGUCAGGGACCAGACACUACGAAGAAAGUCUCCGCCGUAAGGCGUCGAGGUGACAACAGCGUGUCGACUCCGGGAGUUGACACCCGCUCGAUAUCAAAAUCGAGAGAGUUCUCCGCCACUCCGGGAGUCGAUGCGACAAGCUGUGUGGACGGUUGCAAACGUCCAGCACUGAAGCUUGCGUGCUUUCGUGCAGCCGGGCUGCACGAAGCAGGGCGCGAUCAAGCCGGGCUUGAUGACGCGUGCCUGCGGGUACAAGAACCCGUCGGCGAUCGCCCGCAGACUGGAAUGUCUGCCGGUGGUAUCAAGGAACAUUCGUCCAUGGACGGGCCUGGACGAAACGCAAGUGAAUCCGGGAUUCACAAGAAGAAGCGACGGCGCAAGCACAAGACGCUGCGCAAGUCUCGGUCCAGGACCGAGACUCUUCACGGUAUGUCUGCCGGGCAGACACAAGAACCAACAGUGGCCGUCGAGACGUUGAAUGUCUUGACGCAGGCCUGUACUGGAUACCAGUUCGAGAAGAUGGAGUUGGAGAACCCUCCGACUGAUACGUCGGAGUUGAUCUCGCUUCCAGUCAUGAGCUGGAAGCGCUUCGCAAAGGACCUGUACGAUGGACGCAUCGAACAGCUAUGCAUUCUUUCGGACUGCGAAAGAAUGACAAGUGAAACAAAGGAGCUGGGCCAACUCUUCGCUGGAAGCCCCACUGAGAGUGAUGAUACUCUCAGUGGCAAGACGAAGCAGGAACGCUUCAACGAGCAGAGUUGCAAGAUUCUGCGAGAGCACAUCCAUGUGCUCUCGCAGAAUCGGACGGGACUCCUGCGGAAGAAGUAUCCCGACGCGACAGUGGGAUCAAGCAAG